AGAAAAAGCUGGAGUUUAUUCAUUUAAUCCAAAAAUAAUUAUUCCAAGUUCAGAGUGCUCAAUUAGUUUGUAUUAAGUGGCUUAUAAUAUGUCUAAUGAAACAACAGGCAUCGGCAGCUCGAAUUCAGUAAGCAUUCCAGAUAUUUGCAACAGUACCAGCAACAACUCAGAGACAAAAAAAGUAGAUAAUCCGGCUACUGACGAAGUAACUACCCAAAAAAUACCUGAGAAGGGCUUGACAGAGGAAUCGGGCGACCAGCACGUGAACAGAAUACAGAAUCUACGCAGCGAAUUAAACUACAUCAACGCAACAGACUGGAUGUAUGAAAGCCUCGACAAAAAGCCACAGCAGUAGAAUUUUCCCGCCAACAUGAUUAGCUUAUUUCGAACAUUUUUUCAACAUUCCAAACGGGACCAACAACUUAAUCACGAUUUAUUUGACUUAGAGAACAAGUUUCUUGACAUUGAGUUUAAUGAGCAACAAUGCGAAAAUAUUGAGCAAUGCGAAGACAUAAACCAGGCAAAAAGCGAAGAUGCUUUGCACAUAAGCGAAAUAUCUGGCAAAUCUUGCUUCAACAAAAAGGGCGUCAUAACGCAUUUGAUAGAUGAUGGCGGCGUCAUUGACAACGCUUUGCCCUUUGAUAAGCAAGCUGCAAUAGAUAUCUUUCGCGAUCUACACAUCGGCUGUGUUGUUGAACUUUUAGUUUAUCAAAAUAAAAAGGACGUUAUCAAGGUAGUUAAGAUACAAAAAAUACUUGAGCAGAAUUGGGAGAACGUUUCUUCUGCUAAGUUGCAAAAGGCCGUGGAAUCUUUAAAACACGAGAAGCCUACAUAUUUCAAUAUGCAGCUUCGCAACAUUCUAGGUGUUAUCACUGAACGGCAACCGAACACUAUUCGAGUUGACACUGACUAUGGGGAGCUAAGCAUUGAGCUGGAUGAUAUAGAGCUUAAUUUUAUACCCAGGACUGGAGAUUGUAUUUGUCUGGAGUGUAAUGUGCAGAUGGAUGAAAGUUAUGUAGACAAACAGGGCGAAAUACUUCAAGUAUUGAAAGUAUUUCCAGCCCGUCUUGAAUCCAACCAAAAGUGUGUGGUCGAAAGGGUUUUUGAGAGUAUCGUCGUACUUUCAAAGCUGGCCUAUAUUGCAGCUGAAGACAUACCUAAUGGUAUUGAGCUACAUCUAGGGGAUAUUGUGCGAGCCGACCUUAUUGAAAGUAAAUCCUCGAAGUACACGCAUCGUGCUAUUAAUCUAACUGUUUUGGAAAAGAACUUUGGGCAAAUGAAAAACAAUGCAAGUUCAGCGUCCUCAAAUAAGCUUGCAGUUUCUAUACAUGGCGAGGAUCGAUUUAUCUUUACCGAGCAAUGGAAGAAGUAUGCAGUCAGCCUUAUAUUGAAAAACAAUUGCAAUCGCACUAUGCAACUACGAGAAAUUGAAAUAGAUCACAGCGCAGACUCUCAGUUGAGUGUUGUGGAGCCACUUGGCUCGCAGUUUAUAGAGGCCGGUAGCCAAAUAUCACUUAUAUUUGAGAUACAUACAAAAUUUAUUGGCGAAUCCAAGGAAACGUUUACACUCAUUUUUGAAAAAUUUAAAGUAAAGCGCCACUUGACGGUCAUAGUGUGUGAAACAGAGGAGGAGGCUAAAGAAGCUGAUCGUCGACUUAUUGCAGCUAAGCAACUAAUGUCGUAUGGCAGAACAGUAGAUCAACGAUCACGUUCCUAUGCCAACCAAGUCUGGUCUCAUAAGUCUGCUAUGGUACCAGGUGAAGGAAUUCAUACGAAACGUCGAUUCAUAGCCGUGCGUAUUGGCUCCUACGAUGUGCCCGAAAAACUACGACAAAUGGUACUUACCACGGAGCGGCGCACAGAACUGUUCGAAUUAUUACACAGUGAAUAUCCAUUUCUAAAGGACAAUCUGUCUAUACAAAAUUAUGCCCAGCGGUUCAGCUUGCUUUUAAAUCUGGAAGAAAUUGAACAGUUUAUUAACUUCCGCAAUUACGAUCGCGAGCGUGCUCAUUUUCAACGCGAUGGCGAGUUCUUAUCGUUGCAGAUAGAAAAUUUAAGUGAACGGCGACCAUCGUUAGUUUUGGGGGACACUGUCCGCGCGUAUAAUCCUUGGGCAGACGUCAACACUAAGGAAAAUAAAUCAUUUGAGGGCGUCAUUCAUAAAGUGCUGCUAAAUCGCGUUCUCCUCAAGUUCAACUCAAAUUUUCAGGAUAAAUACAAUAGUGAAGACUACCGCUUAGAAUUUUAUUUCUCCAGAUUUUCCUUCCGUAAACAGCACUAUGCGAUCGGGCGUGCUCAGACACAUCUCGGUGAAAAAUUUUUAUUUCCUAAUAAAGUGACCAAGAAGCAGCAUCCUCAGUUGGAGGUUACAUUCAAGGAUGAUCACAUGUUUCUGCACGACAGCAAAUUGGAAUGGUUUAACAAAUCACUGAAUAGCAUACAAAAGCGCGCAGUUUAUAACAUUUUACUGGGCGAAGCGGAAAACAUACCAUACGUCAUCUUCGGGCCACCUGGAACUGGGAAAACUGUUACUGUAGUUGAAGCCCUCUUGCAGUUGGUGCGAAAUUUGCCUGGCUCAAGACUGCUUGUUGGAACUCCAUCAAAUAGCUCUGCAGAUUUAAUCACCAAGCGCAUUAUAGACAGUAAAGCACUACAUCAGGGUGACUUUAUUCGCUUAGUGUCACAAAAUCAGAUUGAGAAAGAUUUAAUACCGCCAGAGCUAAUGAGCUAUUGUGCCACUAUGGACAUUGGAUCGGUAGAUGACAGCCAUGACAGCAUGAUAACUACAGAAUCGGGUCUGAAAAUGCGCUGCCAAAAAAAAUUCUUGGGCCAGCAUCGCGUCUUUAUCAGCACGUGUACGACUUUGGGGAACCUUAUUCAAAUGGGCUUUCCACCUGGGCACAUUACACAUGUUUUAAUCGAUGAGGCAGGACAGUGUACUGAGAGCGAGACAAUUAUUCCCAUUAUAUUGUUACCACAGUUACGCCAUCAAGUUAUUCUUGCCGGAGAUCCCUAUCAACUGCAGCCCAUCAUCAUAAAUAAACAUGCAGCAAAGCUUGGUUUUGGUGUUUCGCUAUUGGAGCGUUUACUGGAUAGAGCGCCGUACCGUAAAGACAUGCAACGCUUCCCAACUACAGCAGGCCACAAUCCCAGCGUGUUGACAAAGCUUUUGAACAACUAUCGCGCACUUCCUUCUAUCAUGUCUGUAUACAGCAAGCUGUUUUAUGAUAAUGAGCUUAUUCCUAUGGUCUGCGAUCAAGAGUCGCGUGAAGCCAAAUUGCUGAUGAAGCUACAAACGGUUUUUGAGCCACAUACAGGAAUGCCGCACUCGCAUGGUACAUUCUUUUAUGGUAUCUUGGGGGAAAACAUACAGGAGUCCGACUCACCAUCCUGGCACAACCCUUCAGAAGCAGGAAAAAUUUUUAUGUUCACUAUAGAAUUAUAUCGCGGCAAUGUACAUCCUGAUCAGAUUGGCAUACUAACUCCGUAUGCUAAACAGGUGAAGACACUGAGGAACAUGUUCAUUGGAGCAGAUAUAACAAUGCCCAAGAUUGGAUCUGUGGAAGAGUUUCAGGGACAGGAACGUGAUAUAAUGUUGAUUUCAACAGUGCGCUCUUCUGAAUCUUUCCUUAACUCUGACUCACGUCUGAGUUUAGGUUUCGUGGGCUGCAAUAAGCGCAUGAAUGUGGCUAUAUCACGAGCACGAUGCCUUAUGGUUGUCUUUGGUAAUCCAAAGCUCCUAUCUAUUGACGAUUCUUGGCGCCAUCUCAUUCUCUUUUGUGCCAAUAAUAACGCAUAUUUCGGCUGUGAAUUGCCAAAUUUGAUUACCAAUGAAAAUGAAAGCGAUUGCGAGGAGUAUGCCAACCAGUCGGACUGAAAUACUUAAUUAUUAAUAAUACCAAAUCAUUGAAAACAAAGAAAAAAAGAAAACAUCAAAUAUGAAGAUGCCAUUUUUGUUAUACUCCAUUUUUACUUAAGCAUAUUUGA